AUGACCAUCGUCGACACGACCGGCAUACACUUUCUGCCGGUGAGAUGGUGUGGAUGCGCCGGCGCGGCCAGUCAUACCUCUCAGCUCCUUGACUGUGGCCUGUAUCCGGCCAGUCAACGUGCCGCUCGAACGUGCUUCACAUUCACCGUGCUCGAUGACUUCCUGCUCGACAACCUUGAGUGCAAGACGACGGCGAUGAACUACUACCGGCGUCUUCGCCGAGUCACUGAUCCUGUGUUCCCCCAUGAGGUGCCGGACCGAUAUUUGGAGCUCCUCAGAGUGAGUCGGGAGUGGACCCUGCUGCAAGCCAAGAAGGAGCAUGGGUACGGCCGGCCUGGCGUGGGGUUCCGGGAGACGGCCGACGACCGAGACUAUUUGUACGCCCGAACGUACGUCAUGGACGGAAACUUCCACGCUGAGCAGAUGCGGAUGCGGAAUCCAGGGAACGAUGUUCCUCUUAUGCCGGGAAAGAUGUUUAUGGUCAACCCCGGGCCUUACGAGGACCACCUGCUGGUGGCGAAGGAAGUUAAGAUGCCCUCCACCUGCCACGAUCAUAAGGCGGUAUCGCAGGCAAACGCCGACAGACACAAGCUGGCAGUCACCGGCAUAGGUGCAACAUCGUGUGCCAGACACGGCUGCUUCGUGCCUCAUUCGGUGGUGAACUUUCAGAAAGGGGAGCGCCAAAUGAACAUGGAUUACUCCCUAUCAAAUGCCCUCGGGUAUCAAUCCAAGGGCCUCACCCACGUCUACCUAUGUUAUGACAUCGUUUGCCAGUACCAUGUGUAUCUCGACAAACGGUUUGCGGGUAACCCCCAUCUUCAUAUGCCCAGCGGUCUGGUGCUGUACAAGUGCAUCGGCCUUUUCCACGUACACGGCCAUCAGGCAGUGUGCGAGGUCCGCCACUCCCUGACCUUCACAAAGGGCGCCGGCGAGGUCGACGGCGAAAUCAUCGAAACACAGUGGUCGACGACAAAUCGUAUCUCUGGCAGCACCCGGACGAUGUCGACGUCCCACCGGCAGGAAACACUCGACCGGCACAUGAAUGACUGGAACUGGAAGAAAAUGAUUACCAUGGUGGCAUCCCUAAGGAGGAAGAUAAAGGCGAACCGGCCCCUGCUCGCCGAGAUGAAACAGGACCUCUUGGCGAAGGAGUCAGGAUUGAACGCCGAGACUCUGCAGAGCUGGAAGCGCGAAUUGAACAUCGCUCAACGCCGGCGCCUCACCAAUGUGAAAGCGAUGGACAAAUACCUUGUGAAGAAACCAAUAUUGCCCACUCAGACAGACCUCCUGGUACAGCUCACCGAGGCCGAAGGAAACGGUGGCCGGAUUGUCGGGACUGCCGAGUGGAUUGCCGAGGGCCUCAAGCUUGAGGAGCUACAACUUACCAUCCGAAGAGACGUCAAGCAGCAAGGCGAAAAGAUCACCAAGCCUCAGCAACUGAAGCUCGCUCAACGUCGGAAGGCCCUGGAGACACGAAUCCGACGGUUUCACCGGCAAGCCAACGCAAUCAGCCACCGGGCAGACUGGGGUGUUGAUGAAUCCGAGGCAGAUGAUGAGGAAUGGGAGGAUGAAGGCCCGGUCGUCGCCCGGGAGCCACACGGCCCAUGGAGUAUGUUCACCAGCCGGCCGAAGCUUCCGCACAGCGAAAACAUGGCCGAGCAGACCCCGCUCGGCCUCCCAUCCAACUUAUCUCCUGUCGUGUUUGAUGAUGAGAGUCUGAAACGUCUGGCCGAGCAGGAACUCACCCUUCGGCGUGGUCAAGCCAAUGAUGCGCUCCACCAGCUCCGCCUCCUUCUCGGCCACAAGUCUUUUCAGUUUCGUACCAGCAUUCGGCAUGGCAAGUCCAACACCAAGCGCACCCGAGCAUUCACCACAAUGAACAAGCUCGACCGGGCCGUCUCUAUUCAUGCGUCAAUCUACCGGAGGUGCAGAGCUGCCAUGGUGGUCCUCGGUCUCUCAGAGGAGGAGCAACUCAAGUAUCAGCGUCUCAGUAAAGAGGACCUCAAUGUCACCACCGCCAUCGCCGAACCAAACAAGCCCGGCCAGAGGCACAAAUCGACGUCAUGGAUCUGGAAUAUCGAUGUCGGAGGAGAUCUCGACAGGAAUGAUACACUCUCAAUCAUUCACCGGAUUCACUGGUUCCACGCACGCUCCAAAGUUGAUCGCCUGGAAGAAGAGGCCGGCAUCUUACGCCGGGAACUUGAUUCGGUGGGGAGGUAUUUCUCUCACCACGCCGAGAUGUGGAGAGACCGGGCUAUCCAGCACCCAGGCGAUGAUUAUGCAGGGUUCGCUCCGUACUGCCGGAAGCGUGCCGCGAUGUACGACCGUUUAUACCGAGAUGCUCAGCAGACGUAUAGGGAUGUUUAUGCUGACCCGAACAUUUUUACGUAG